AUGCCGUCGAUGCUUUGUUUGAUAGGGAGACCCGAUCACCGUGAGCUUUUGGUAAAAUUUGCCGAACAAGCACUUGAAUCUUAUCGACUCGGGAUUCCCAACGUCAUCCACCUAACCGAUACAAUCCGCUUCAACAUCUUUCAUGCUUUCGUCCGCAACGCUCAGGUACUCGGCUUUGACGACAAUUGGCUUACGUAUGAGGCGGUCUCACCCUUCAACAAGCAAGGCCCCGUCCAGGUGUCAGCCCCAAAUCCACAGGAUUAUCCCGUCAGCAUGCGACCCACGCCCUUGCAGGUCCAAGUAGAGCACCACCCUUGGAUUGACUUCUUCCCCUGUCCUCGCAUGCGCGAUAAUCUUUUACAGGUUGUUUUCGAGCACGGGGAAGAUGCAUUUGAUGAGGAUGCUCUUUGCCACGACAUCACAGAUGGGGGAGCCACGGCUGGUAUUGAAUCCGCAGCCAUGAUUACGUGGGCAGACUCCUGGUCACCCGGGGGUUGGGAGGUAACAGAGAUGUUUCUUGAGAAAUGGAGCUGGCUCUUGCAUGGUUGUGUUGAGUUACAAACGUCUACGAACACUUGGCGUAAUCGACGUGGUCUGAGAAAACUGCAAUUCCCGGGUUGCUGA